AUGGAUGAACGGAAGGCUCCUCCCCAAUAUUCCGCCGAACCUGAAGACAUCCCCCGACCCGCAGGAUGGAUGUACAAGUCCAGUAAGAUCGGCAAGUUCUCAACGAGCUGGUAUGCCUCUCCGCGCAUCCAGCUGGGCAUGGUCGCCUUCGUCUGCUUCCUCUGCCCAGGCAUGUUCAACGCCCUGAGCGGAUUGGGCGGUGGCGGCAAGGCCGACCACAGCUUGGCUGAUAAAAUGAACAUCGCGCUGUACAGUACAUUCGCCGUGGUGGGUUUCUUCGCCGGAACAUUCGUCAACCGUCUCGGCGUGCGUCUUUCCCUCUCAUUCGGCGGAAUCGGUUACUGCAUUUACUCCAUUAGUCUCUUGGUCUCCGAACAUGCAUAUGUCCCCGGUUUCAACAUUUUCGCCGGCGCCUUGCUCGGUGUGUGCGCAGGUCUUCUCUGGGCCGCCCAAGGAACCAUCAUGAUGUCCUACCCGAUCGAGCAACAGAAGGGCCGCUAUUUCGCCUGGUUCUGGGCUAUUUUCAACGUCGGCGCUUGUAUUGGUAGCUUGAUCCCCCUGGGCCAAAACAUCAAUGUCAAGGAGAACAAAACCGUCGGCGACGGCACCUACAUCGCCUUCAUCAAAGUCGUGCGUCGCGACGGCUCGCGCGUGAUCCUGAUGAAGAACCCCUCGUGGAAAUCCGAGAUCGUCGGUCUGUGGGAUACAAUCCGCGCGGAACCGUGGAUCAUCCUCCUCUUCCCCAUGUUCUGGUCCUCCAACUGGUUCUACACGUACCAGCAGAACGCCAUUAACGGCGCUUACUUCAACACCCGCACCAAGGCCCUCAAUGGAUUCCUGUACUGGUUUGCUCAGAUCGUGGCAGCUGUUAUCAUGGGCCCUAUUCUUGAUAUGGAACGUGUUCGUCGCUCCGUCCGUGCUAAGGCGGCCUUGGUCAUCCUUUUCAUCCUCACUGUCGUUAUCUGGGGUAGUGGGUAUGCUUGGCAGGUAAGGUACACGCGUGAGGAUGUCGACCCCAAGACCACGGAUUUCAAGGGCUGGGAUUGGAGUACCAAGGGCUACGUUGGUCCUAUGUUCCUCUACUUCUUCUACGGCAUGUACGAUGCUGUUUGGCAGGGUAUUGUCUACUGGAUCAUGGGCGCCCUCGGCAACUCCGGCCGCAAACUCGCCAACUUGGCCGGAUUCUACAAAGGUCUGCAAUCCGCCGGCGCAGCGGUCAUGUGGUCAUUGGAUUCACGAAAGAUCCCGUUCAUGAACGAAUACGCCUCGAACUUCGGUCUGUUGUGCGGCUCGAUCAUCGUCGCUAUUCCUGUCGUCUUCUUCAAGAUUAAGGACUCUGUCCCCGUCGAGGAGGAGCUUGAGGGCACUGGCGAGACGCUCGAGGAUGUCCUGCCGCCUGGUGCCGUUGAGUCCAAGCGUGUUGGCGAUGAUAAGAUCUAA